AUGAAUCUCGCCUCGAAACGCCUCAUUCACACAACGACCGGGCUAGCUCGUGGACGUCAUGUUUAUUUCAAUAAACACAAAAUGGUCACCGAUCCGGCCAAGCAAGACCCGGAUUAUUUCGAGAAAAUGGCUCGCACGUUACCACUUGAUGACAACUAUAUCGAUCAAUUGAAGAAAAUCUAUGACGACAAGAUUGGAUCGGAGAGGGAUCUCACGAUGAAAGCUUCUGAUAAUUUGGUGGCCGACAAAAUCACGUACGGUCUUCCGCAACUCGAUCUGUCUAAGCCUCGACCUCCGUAUUCGUAUGUGGAUUCGCUGAAAGAUGCCCCGGAAAGUGUGCGGAAGAUUUUUAGCCUCGAAUUCGGCACUCGACGCGAUGUGACAAGCGAGUGGAAACGGGUGAUGAUCGAAAGUGUAAACCAUCAUACGCUCGACAAUUCGAGUCUGGAGAAGAAAAUUGCUCUUUGCACGGCUCUCAUCAGACACUGGUCAAUGAUUGUUGAUGAGAUUUUCGCGAAAAAUCAUCGCCCAAGGAAACCGUCUUGGUUGACGCAUCGAAUCUGGCUGGUGAUCGGGCAGAGAAGGCGGCUAUUGAGGGAACUACGGGAAAUCAAUGAAGAAUCUUUUCAACGGGUACUCAAAGAGCUCAAGAUCGCCUAUCAUGUGCAGAAACAGCCCGAGCAUGUAAAAACGAGAAAGGCUUGGUCCGAGGCUCAACUAUUGCUGCGAAUUCAAGAGGAGAAAGAAAAACGAUUAGAGGAAUUGCAUCAAAGUUACAUCAAGGAACGUGAGGAAAAGAUGGUUGAGAUGAACGAGCGGAAGAAAGAGUUGGAGAAAGAGAAAAUCGACAUUGAGCAAAGGAUGAAGGAGCUUCUGAUUUUGGAGGGAAAAGCGACGGACAACGUUGUCGGUGAAUAUCAUCCAUCACUUGUCGGCAAUAUGACUGAAACCGUUGUCCAUUCGAUGCUUUUCUAUCAUCCGAAGCCUGAUAUGGUCAGGAACAAU